AAUAAUCCAACAACACUGAUCAGUUCACAGUUGUCCCUUUGUUACUCGAUCGGUAUAUCUCUGCUACAGCUUGCCAAUCAUCUUUUAUCUUAUUUGCUAUAUUCUACCGACCGGGAGUAGCAUCAUGUCCGGGCCCAACCUACACAAUGCUCUCCUCCGCCCACCCAUUAUUCAGAUCUUGCGCGCAGCUGGCUUCCAUGCCACGCGUCCGUCCGUCUUGGAUACACUAGCCGAUCUCACAGCUCGGUAUAUGAUGAUCCUCGCAUCCUCUGUUGCAUCUCACGCUGCAAAUGCUCACCCGGACGAUCCUGCUCCUGCGCCGGUGCUAGAAGACGUCUACCAAGCACUUCAGGACGUUGGCGCACUACGACCGCAAUUGCGCGAAUGGGAGGAGGAUUGGCAAGGCGAGGAAGAUAUACGGGGACUGGAAAACUUCUUGGGUUGGUUCACCGGGCCGGCAAACCGUGAAAUCCGGCGAGUGGCAGGCUUCCUACCUAGCGAGGGUGACAUGAUCGACCCCGAGUCCGUGGAGAAGGAGGAUUUCCUUACAGCCCUGAAGAAAAAGCACAGCAAAACAGGUGAGGAGUCUCGGUACGCGGGUACUGUACUUGGGAAAAGCGCCGAGGAGCAUCCGAUCGUGAUAGAAGGAGGUGCUCCCAGCAUCCAAGAAUGGAGCCAUCAAGUGCGGUCGCGGGCGCCAUAUGUUGCCGAGAGCGACUCGUCUGGUGUCAGUAGUGCACCCAGCAAUUUGUCAGAAGCAGAUGGUAUGGAAGUGUGAGGAUGCACGAGGUCACCCGACAGUCAAUCAGAUACUCAAACCGAACGUACAUACAUCGAUAAGAGGUUCACCAAAACUAUGGCCACCACCGACGAUCAAGGGCAACCCUCAACCAGCUCAGAGUCGUCGAAGUCCGCCUUCACAUCGCAUCAUGCGACUCAGUCAGAUUUCAGUAUGAAAGCUGAACCAAAUCAGGGCCAGGCACACACUUGUUCUUCGGCCCAUUCUGCACCUGGGGCGACUGACUGAUCUACUUCACGAUCGAGAUCGAGAUCCAAGCCUUGGCCAGGCAAACGACCGGACAGGGCUGACAACACGACUUGUCUCUCCCCGGAAUAUACUAUGAUCUUGCGAGAUCAUGAAAUCCCCCUGACAGGUCAAUCCGUGGUUACGCCAGUUUCAGCAACCAGAGAUAGCUUAUAUCUAGGUCAUGUACUUAGCCAUGAAGUGAAGCUAAAUACCAACAUGCUCU